AUACCAAAAGUAUGAAAGACGAAGAAGAAAGGCGCAGGUGGGUGUUGGACACUGUACGAACUCCUGCAGUUAGUCAUAAAGUCAUUCAGAUUCAGUAAUAUGAGUAAGACAGUGCUAUUGCGUGUUUCGGUCAAUGAGCGGAUCAGCAGCGCCGCCGAAGACAUCAUGCUGCGGCUGGAAUCGGGUGAAGAACCGAUUGAACUUCCCACACUGAGGAUUUUGCUAACCGAGCGGCUAACGAUAGCUGCGGGGCAGAUCAUCGCUCUGUUCGAGAAAAUCGUGUUGGAUUUCGAAGAUACGCUGCGGCAAUCAGAGCAGAAGGUCUGCCGUCAGAAAAAACUACUGGAUGCCGUCCUGAAGCCAACAGUGCAGCUGGAAAGAGCAGAGAUCCAGCAGACGACAGAUAAUAAAGAGAACCUUUCUUCUGGGCAGUUGACCCAAAGCAACAGUCUGGACCUCAGCGGACCGCUGAUCAAACAGAAUCUGGAAGAAAACACGGUAAUUCCCAUUAAAGGCUUGGAUCUGGAUGCCUUUUUACCCCCUCUGUCUCCUGAAGAAGCUCCAGACCCCAUGGAACACUUCUGGUUGAUAGAAAACGAAUUGUACUUUGGUGAAAUGCAGAGCAUGAGGGCAACACCCAAACCAGAAAGCUUCCCUUGUUCAUUGUGCGGUCUGACGUUCAGCUCAAUAGCAGCUCUCGGGUUCCAUUUGAAAGUUCACAAGUCCAAGAAGAAACCGAAACCGCGUCGCUUGUCCGACUAUGAGAGAUUCUCAAAACUGUCCCUGAAACUGUAUAAACCAGUCAACGCCGUGGAAAACGUCUUCACUUGCAGCGACUGCAACCAAACCUUCAAGUUUCGGUCGAUGCUGAGGAAGCAUAUCUGCGGCCAAGACACCAAGCCUCCCUUGGACUCUCACUGCUGGCCAGUCGAGUCUCCUGCUGAAAUAAAAAGUGAACUGCCUUUGGAGUCAGAUGAACCUUUUGAAAAGCAGGCUGGAGCGUCGGACAGGCUCAAAGAGGUGGGUACUGGGCCCGUGACCUUUAAAGAGGAGCUGGUGGAAGCAGAAAUCUCCGAGGUCGUGAUCGGUCCGGCCGCCGACAAAGAAGAGGACGAGAAACCGCAGACCUCUCAACUUUAUCACAGCCAGAGGGACGUUCACCAAGCGGCUCCGGGUGGACCAGAACCGGGUCCCGAUCCACUCGCAGGAGGGAAAGCCGACGUGGACGAUGGAGGCGAAGGAACCAGUCAGAGCUCCUCAGACUGCCGCCCUGCUGUACCAGGGGCCCCCAGCAGCUCCGCAGCGUGGCCCUCAGAGGAGCGGCCUUUGAAGUGCCCCUUUUGUAGCAAGACGUUCAUAACGGAGUUUAACAUGAAAAUUCACGUGUCGAUGCACACGGGUCGGAGCUUUUGGUAGGAGCUCCGGAAAACCGACAUUCAGCUUUUAAAAUGUUUUUUUCAACCAAAAUCCAAAUUUUCAAAGAUUAUAACAAGUAAUUUAAAAUGAACAUAUAUGGAACUUUAAUUGGUGAAAUUAUAAAAUCUUUCUUUAAAAAUGUAAUUUAUUGAUUUAUUUCAAGCUUUAAAAUCAUUCUGGAAUAAAAAUGACAAAUGAGACCAUUUCAGAAAUAAAGUAAUGUGACAACAAUAUUUCAGAAUUUCUCUUAAUGAAAACAGAUUCUUGUGUUUUCUGAAUCAAUAUUCAUGUUUGAAGUAAUUUCAUUUUAAUGACUAGAUUAUUUUAACCGCGCUGUCGUCAGAACUCCUAUAAAAAUAUAAAUUAUAUAAAAGGAACUUUUAUCAGUGAAAUCGAUCAUAACAAUAUUAAUUUAUUUCCAGCAUUAAGAAUCAUUUAAAAAUACAAUAAAAAAUAUAAAACGUUAAAAUUUAGAUGAAUAGGGAUAUGAAUAAAAUAAGAAAAAUGUCAUUUGAUGAAUUGAUUUGUUUUUUCUAAAUCCCGCCUCCAUCAGAACUACUGAUGGAGCGGAGGUUCUGGCUGGACCAGACCGGUCCGAUCUGCAGCUGAAAUUUGCUGCCAGAACCAGGAGGAGGACUGACCUCAUUCAAGCGUCAUUUUGAUAUUUACCGUUUUCCCCUUUAGGGGACGCUACAGCGAAGCAUCCCCCUCCAACCGGUCCUGUUCUCUGCCUCCUCCUCCUCACAAUGGCCACCUUCAUCGUCCUUCACUCUUUGGUCUUCCUGUAAGCCUUGAUUUUUUUUUUAGAGGCAGGGGAAUGAAUUUUUAAACUCUGUUUCACGUUCUAAUAUCAUCUUAAAACUCAUGAGUUAAAUUUUUUUUUUAAAUCUAAAACCAAAUCAUUACUUAUUUAAAAAAAAAAGUUUUCAUUGCAGCUAUGAUUGCCUUAAAAGGAAAAAUUAAAAAUGAAAUUUUAGAAAUUGCUUUAAAAGCAAAUCAUUUUAUGGAUGAGGUUCAACAUUCUGCAUUUUCCAGUAAAGACUGAAAAGCCAGCCGUAGCUUUGACAGACUUCUUACUUUAUCAGACUUUCAUGCCUCGCAGACGUGAAUCUGUGGUUUGGUUAUAGCCUUUAUGUGAGCAACAACAACUAACGCCUACAAAAAAAAACACCAAACCCUUUUUUUUCUCCCCUUAUCCAAGGAUUGAAGUGUCUUGACUUGUGUAAAUGAUGAUUAAUGAAAAGUUCCAAUUUUUUGCACAGAUUUGGAAUUUUGUUGAUGUAUUCUAAUAUUUUCCUAAUCAGUUUACUUCUAAAUGUAAUUGUUUAUUUUUAAUUGCGCAUGAGUGUAAUAUACAUUUUCUUUAUUUGGACAAACUGUAGUGGUUUUUUUUAUUGUUAUGCUGGUGCUGGCAUCGUGUAAAGUGUUUAAGAGAAAUCAAUACAUCCAUUACAACUGUACUCUUCCUGUUACAUUUGCUUCUUUUUCUCAUUUAUAGGAAAAACAUUACCAGGUAUUUUGAGGAGUUUCAGAACAGAAAUUUGAGAAUAACUGUUGAAAAUAUUAGUUUUAUUACUGGCCUCACAAGACAAAUCAAUUCUAGAAUGUCAAAGAUUUGUUGUCAAAGUAAAAAAA